CCAGCACUAGCAGUGUUGCAAAACGCAAACUUCUACUUGUGCAAUGUUUUGUAAUCGUAUUUACAAAUAGUUUAAACUUAAUUUUAUUAAUUAGAAAUGCUGCGACGUGCGCAGUGCUUGCUGAGGCUGCACAGCCAUGGACGCCAGUCAGUUGCCACCCUCACCCGCCAUAGAAGCUACUCCACGGAUGAGGCUACUCCAAAGCAGAAUCCGAGUGCGAAUCCCAAUCAGAGGGCACAGAAACCGGCCAGAAACCUGCCGGCUGUGAGGAAUCCAUUCGCUGCAGCGCAGGAUAGGACGAAGGACACCUACCUCACCAUGGUGGAGAUCUUCCAGGAGCGCGAUGUUCACCGUCGCAACCAUGUGGAGUUCAUCUAUGCGGCUCUGAAAAAUAUGGCAGACUUCGGAGUGGAGCGGGAUCUGGAGGUGUACAAGGCCUUGAUCAAUGUGAUGCCGAAGGGCAAGUUCAUACCCACCAACCUCUUUCAAGCGGAGUUCAUGCACUAUCCCAAGCAACAACAGUGCAUCAUUGAUCUCCUGGAGCAAAUGGAAGAUUUCGGGGUGAUGCCGGACUACGAGAUGGAGGCGAUGCUUCUCAACGUGUUCGGCAGGCAGGGACACCCUCUCCGCAAGUACUGGCGCAUGAUGUACUGGAUGCCCAAGUUCAAGAACCUGUCACCAUGGCCACUUCCCGAUCCAGUGCCGGACGAUACACUGGAAAUCGCUAAACUAGCAGUGGAGCGUAUGUGCACGGUCGACUUGCGGUCGAAAGUCACCGUGUUUCAGACGAGCGACCUGAAGGACGCCAUCGACGACACGUGGAUAGUCAGCGGAAUGAGCGCGGAGCAGGAGAAGCUGCUGCGAGAGCACUCCCGACAGAAGGCUCUGUAUAUCGAGGGACCCUUUCACAUAUGGUUGAGGAAUCGCCGGAUCAACUACUUCACCCUGCGCGCCGAUCCGGAUACCCAGUUUCUGGCCCAGUUGGAUGAAAGGCAGUUGGACGACGAUGAUGUGUCCAACAUUGAGGUUCCGUUCUUAGGGCGCGCUCCUCCAAGGCGGCACAAUCAGCUGGGGAAACUGCGUUCCGUGCAUCAGCAAGACGAUGGCACCAUUUUAGCCAUCUGCGCCACUGGUACCUCUACGAAGGACUCAUUGCUCUCAUGGAUUCGCUUGCUAGAGGCCAAUGGCAAUUCGUCGAUCGGAGAAGUACCUGUGCUCUUCCGGUUUACAUCAACAGUGCCAGCCAAGGCGGAGGAGAUUGAAGGACCAGCCAGUGUACCAGCAACAAGCAAUGCCAGAAGUAGUAAAGAUGAAUCACCAAGCAGCAGACGGGAAUAAAUUAAUUGUUGAGCAAAAA